AUGGCGCGGCUUCUCGAGCUGCCGCGAGAGAUCCGCGAGCAGAUCCUCCGCGAGGUCAUCGUCUCCGAGCGCCGUGCGCCCGCAUCCAUCGCCGAGUGCGGCAACAGAGUCCCUCUCCCCAACCACAUCGACGAGACCCUGCCAGACAUCACGAGCAUCUACAUCGAAGAUGGGCCGCUGCGGUUCCCCAAAGACGCCCUCCUCGCCACCUGCCGCCAGCUGCGCUCCGAGACGGAGGAGCUGCUCAAGCUGAUAGGGCCUGACAAGCUGCCCUACACGCUCGACGUCAUGCUCGUCGACCAGGUCGGCAUCUUCCCCACGUGGCUUUCCUUUCCCGCCAUGCCCACGCGCAUCGAGCUCCUCCGCAUCCGGGUGCGCCUCUUUGACAAGCCCGAGAACUUUUCCCGCGAGUGGGAGGAGUGCAUCGAUGAGGACGACGAGUUGACCUGGUGGAACCUCAUCGUUCUCUUCACCGUGUACAUCCUCGGCAUGUGGAAACGAAAUGACUUGGAGCCCGUCGACGAGACCACCAUGGAAGCCGCUGGCGGCGACGACUGGUCAGACGUGUCGAGCGAGGGCGUCGACGACGGCUUCUCGGACAUUGCGCCCUACGUCAUCAACAAGAUCGAGCUCGAGUUCCCCCGGGCUGCGACGCUCCUGGGCUUCUCGGUGCACCCGCUCACCCUGCAGCAGCGCCGGCGCUUCAUGACGGACGAGUACUUCCAGGAGGAGCACCAGCCCGCCAUGAGGUUCAACGACGCGUUCGUCAUCCUAAGCGACCCGGCAGAGGACGACUACACCCCCUACCGCCAGGCCCUCUUCGCCAACAUAGGGUCCGUCACGGUAGUGGGCGGCAACACGUUCAGCAUCACCAGAAUGUUCCUCGAGUACUACGCGGAAACCCACCUCCACGGCGCGACCACGGAUCCCAGUAGCGGCUUCGAGAUGAUUCAGGUAAUCAACCGGGCGAGGAGGAGGAGGCAGCAGUUGGGUUUGUGGGAUGAGACCGAGUGCAAGGAGUAUUCGCAGUUCAUCAAGGAGCUGGCAAUGUGGGAAGCGAUGUUCUUAGCGGACGACAUAUCAUGA